AUGGAGCAGGAGAAUGCUAUUCACAACUUUGAUAUUUGGCAUGAUGCACAAGAACAGGAAACAAUACAAUUGCCGAUGAAGGAAGUUCAUUCAUCAAGAAAAUUUCAGUCAAAUGUACCACACCAGGAUUCAGUUGUUUCUUCAAUCACUUACUGUCCGACACUGUCAGAUGAUCCAAUCCAAAUGUCAAGUGACGAUGCUCUUGCAAACACAUGCCGUACAAUGGAAUUUAGUGGUAAAACAAAUAUCAACGUUGAGCUUAAUUUGGGACCAGCAGCAUUAUGCCAUGAAGAAAAAGCCGUUCGUGAACGUGAACAAUGUGAUUAUACUAUAUGUAUAACAAAAGAGAUUGCUGAACAAAAUGCGGCACCUAGAAAAAUAAGAAUUUAUGCUGAUGGAAUAUAUGAUUUGUUUCAUGCUGGACAUGCGCGUCAAUUGAUGCAAGCAAAAAAUGUAUUUCAAAAUGUUUACUUAUUAGUUGGUGUUUGUAAUGAUGAUUUAACACAUCGAAAAAAGGGUAAAACUGUCAUGAAUGAAGCAGAACGGUACGAAAGUUUAAGACAUUGUCGUUAUGUUGAUGAAGUUGUUACAGAUGCUCCUUGGGUAUUGGAUGACGACUUUCUAACAUUAAAUAAAAUUGACUUCGUUGCACAUGAUGAAAUACCUUAUGGUGCUGAUGGACAUGACGAUGUUUAUCAACAUAUCAAAGCUCGUGGAAUGUUUGUUGUUACUCAACGUACAGACGGCGUAUCGACAAGUGACAUCAUCUGUCGUUUAGUAAGAGAUUAUGAUAUGUAUGUUCGGCGAAAUUUGGCUCGUGGGUAUUCAGCUCAUGAUCUAAAUGUAGGAUUUUUAAAAGAAAAAUCAAUUGCACUUCAAGCACGAGUAAAUCAAAUGAAAACAAAAAUGAAAACGUAUGAAGAAGAAACAAAAACGGUUAUGCAACGUUGGGAAGAACGAUCAAAAGAAUAUAUUCAUAAUUUUAUAUUAAUGUUUGAACGUACAAAGGAUAGACUUCAACGAAAUGGAAGAGGUGAAAAAUCUCAACAAAUACUCGCAGGAGGUUUUAGCGAUGAAGAAGAUAUGACCAACUAUAGUAUUAUAGAAUCAGAAAAAUUUUAA